AUGCCCUCAGGCAGACAGUACCGGGCCAUUGGUCUGGUCGCUUUGCUCACCAUUCUGGUCCUGUACUACGUUUCCAAUGGAGAGCGACUCACACACAACUCCGAGUUCUAUCAGAAGACACUGGCAGCGCUGGAGAACAAGAAAGAUGCUGAGGUAAGACAACACCUCAUUGAAGAGGAGAAGCAACGACUGGAGAGAGUGGAGAGGUUACAAAAGGAGCACGACGCCGCCAUGGCGACUGUCACAUCAGCAUUAGCCAGCAUACCAACCAAAUCCGCUGCUGUAGGGCCUGCGCCAGAAAACCAGAAACCAAUGGUUGACGAAUCUCACGAAGCGGAGAGUAAGACGGAGAAGACCACGGGCGGUCGUAAGAAGAUGAAGGACGGAAAGAAGAUUGUGGAUGAGAAACCUGCGUCCGACAGUGACGACGGAGUAGCGAAAGUUGGUAAUGUCGGCGCAAAGAGCUCUGCAGCAGCGAAGGGACAAAAGCAAGAUCCUGGAACGGAAGAGGCUCACAAGGUAGAAUUGGAGUUGAACGGCAUUCUCAAGAAGGGGCCCAUCAUCAUCUUCUCAAAGAGCUACUGCCCAUUCAGCAAGAAAGCGAAGGUGAGCAUCCCGUAUUUGGUUCUGUGAAGUGGUCAAGAAGCUAACCUCUUCCUGCAGCACAUUCUCCUUGACAUGUACAACAUCACACCUGCUCCCUAUGUCGUCGAGCUGGAUCAUCACGAACUUGGCUCAGGGAUUCAAGAAGCUCUUCAGAAAUCCACCGGCCGUAGGACUGUGCCGAACGUACUGAUCAAUGGCAAGUCUAUCGGAGGCGGUGACGAUAUCACUGCGCUGCACCAAAGCGGCAAGAUCGUCGACACGAUCAAGUCGAUGGGUGGCAAGAGAAUCGUCAGUAUCUCUUCUAAGCCAGAAGAGAAGGCCGAGGUCAAGUUCAAGUCUUAG